UUCAGGCGUUUCGACGCUGCUAGAUUGCCCAUGCGCUGUACCUCCCGUUACAGUUUUAAUAUCUCGGCACCGAAUGGAGGGCUCACAUGUGCAUCUCCCCGUACCGCACGCGGCAGCUCGCUGGCGCCGCCUCGUCGAGCUUGCGACACCUGCCCCUUCUACGUGUUGCAUUCUUUACACCACCUCAUGAGUCAUGACACACUUCACGAAGCUCUCGCUUACAUACAGCAGCCGUCGCACGAGCCUCCGCCAGAGACAGAACCACCCACGCAGAAGACGGAUUCACGCAACACACCACACGCACGCACGUACGCCGGUGACAAGCGGAAGGAGGACGCCGGCAUGGCGAAGAGCGGCACGGAGGAGUGGCGUCGCAACGCCGACACGCACAAGAUGAGCCCGGAGGAGGUCCGGGCCGCGGGGGUGGAGGCGUCCAUGCGCCCGCCGGGCCGUGGCGGCGGCGCCGGGGAGGUCCUGCACCAGCGAGGCGGCCGCCUGCCGUACGGGCCCGGGACGAUGGCGCUGAUGGGGUUCGGCAUCGUCGGCGCCAUCGGCUACCUGGUGCUGUACCAGAAGGCGAGGCCCGGCACGCCGGCCACGGAGGUCGCCAAGGUGGCCGUCGGACACGGCGACCCUGCCGUCGGCCGCGAGGUCCAGAAGCGCCAAGACGAAGCGCAGCCGCCGCCACCGCCACGCGAAGGGAAGUAGACUAGUUUAGUAGCAGAAGAGCUGGAGGAUUUGCGGCGUUUGUGCUUCGAGUUACUUCUGACUCGAUUUUAUCUGCUAGCCGCGCUUCUCAGCUUGGGUACCUUUUGUCGUGGACCAUGCACGCGUGUGACUUUCUAUCAGAAAUGACACAGCAGAAAUAAAUAAUCGUAGAUGUAUUAGUUGCUUC